AUGGGCAAAUUUGACGAUGAAAUGUGGGAUUUGAACCCCAAUUCAAUCGGUUUCCCAUCCCUUCAUAGACCAAGGUCUAGUAAAAACAAUACAGUUAAUGGCCUGAUGAUGAAUUUAUUUAGCGCCGAAAGUACUACUGGAGUCAAAAAGAGACCCAAAACCAUACAUGUUUAUGGAAUGGAUAAUACCAAAGCGGGAGACGACUUUCUUGAUCUAAUUUCCCGAAAUAAAGCUAGUUCGAAGUUGGCUAGAAGCCCACUACAACAGAAGGAUUUAAAUACAUCAAGACCUGAAAGCGCAAAAACCAUCGAUUUAUUAGACAUGGGCGUGCUAUUGUCAUCACAAUCUCAGAAAACGGUUCCAAUAGAAGAUGGUAUAAACUUGUUGCAAAGCGACCAUGAUUAUCCAAACGUGCAGGCGGGGCUGGUACCUCCAACAUCGAAUGGAUACGAAAUGGACGAGCUUCAGAGUCAGAUAUCAACGGUUACGCUAGAGAAUGAAGAUAUUCCCAUUAAGAGAUCUACGACUUUACCUGUUAUGGGCUUGACACCUAACGACGGCUUUACAAGAUUGACCAAGUCGGCGGGGACCGCUGAAAUUGACGAAGAGUCUGUUGCUGAUAGCGAAGAAGAGCCAGAAUUGCUUUCUACUGAUCUGUCUUCUCAAUCUAGAAAAUACUCGAGAAGUUCCACUGUCAAUCAGUUUGACCAAAAUUGCACGUUCGAUACUAGCAUAUUUGCUGACCAUGAAAAGAUCGCCUAUGAUGACACCUUGACAGAGGUAAUUGAUUCAGAACCCCAACUCACUAAUGUCAAUAUUCAAGCCGAAGAUUUUGUAAAGGAUGAUUCUGAGAUAUUCGAUAUAGAGCAUGGAUCAGUCGAACCAUCCAAUGAAGGUGAUAUGGAGAGUUUAGAUGAAGCACUAGAAGAAGACCCAUCUGUAUCACAGCCUCAGGUUUCCACUUCUUCUGCAUAUCAGGAUCCACACAUUACCAAUAAUAUACGUGGCACACAUUUACCUUUAAGCAAUAUUUGUGAUAAGAUUAAUGAGAAAGUCCUACAUGAUAUAUCUUCCGAUAUAAGAUCUGAAGAUACUCAUGAAUUUGCAAAUGUGAAAUCUAGAGAUAUCCGGGAAACAGCUGAUCAAGAAAAGCAUUGUAUCCCGGCGCCAGUAUUGCAACCGUCAUAUCCGUCGAAUACAGAAAGGAAACGGAAAACAAGUUUGGCUGAUAUCUGCUCAAAAACUAAUAGAGCCAGAUUACCUCCCCGGGUUGGGCUUUCUAAAAAGCUAAAAGUCGACUCACUACAUGAUUACUUGAAAAAAUAG